UGUUGUUGCUGUGUCAGUUCCUUGUUUGGGUGCUUGUACUGAGAAAAUAUUGUUGUAAUUUUUAAUAUUGGGCUGCUGAAUUCCAAAAAAUGGCAUCUCCUAAUACCUAUAGGCUAAGCUGCUCCAUCCCUGGGCAUGAAAUGGAUGUAAGGGGACUUGCGGCCGCUGUUUACCCCGACGGAGCCUUUGUGUCGGUAUCUAGGGACAGAACGGGUAGAGUCUGGGUACCAAAUUCAAGUCCAAACAGGGGCUUUACAGAAAUGCACUGUAUGAACGGGCACACCAAUUUCGUGUCCUGCGUGUGUGUCAUAGCCCCCAACGACAUGCACCCUCGCGGACUAAUAGCCACAGGCGGAAACGACCACAACAUCUGCGUGUUUUCAUUGGACAGGCCCGACCCCAUGUAUGUUCUGAAGGGCCACAAAAACACAGUAUGCACCCUCUCUGCUGGGAAAUUUGGAACUCUUUUGAGUGGAUCUUGGGACACUACAGCAAAAGUGUGGCUCAACGACAAGUGCAUGAUGACUUUACAGGGACACACAGCCGCCGUGUGGGCAGUGGUCAUCCUGCCUGAGCAAGGCCUUAUGCUGACAGGGUCAGCUGACAAAACGAUCAAGCUGUGGAAAGCGGGACGUUGCGAGAGGACUUUCACUGGACAUGAGGACUGCGUCAGGGGCCUGGCGGUCAUCAACGAUGUGGAGUUCUUCUCCUGCAGCAACGACGCCAGCAUCAGGAGGUGGACGGUGACCGGGGACUGUGUCCAGGUCUACCACGGCCACACCAACUACAUCUACAGCCUCGCUGUCUUCCCCAAUGGCCAAGACUUUGUGAGCACGGGAGAGGACCGGACGGUACGAAUAUGGAAGAAGGGGGAAUGUGCUCAGACCAUCCGUCUUCCUGCCCAAUCGGUGUGGUGCUGUUGCGUGCUGCCCAAUGGGGACAUAGUGGUGGGAGCCAGCGAUGGGAUAAUCAGGGUGUUCACUGAGUCGGAUGAGCGUGUGGCCAGCACUGAGGACCUGCAGGCCUUCGAGGAUGAGCUCUCCAAGGCCACCAUCGACCCCAAGACCGGAGACUUGGGCGAUAUCAAGGUGGAGGAUCUCCCGGGACGGGAACACCUAGACGAGCCAGGCAGGCGCGACGGCCAGACCAGGCUCAUCAAAGAAGGGCAGAAGGUGGAGGCCUACCAGUGGAGCAUGAGCGACGGCCGCUGGGUGAAGAUCGGGGACGUGGUGGGCGGCUCGUCCCAGUCGGCCUCCAGCAGGAUCAUGUACGAGGGAAAGGAGUACGACUUCGUGUUCACCAUUGACGUCAACGAGGGGGGGCCCUCCAUGAAGCUGCCUUACAACAUCAGCGACGACCCCUGGCUGGCCGCGCACAACUUCCUCCAGAAGAACGAUCUGAGCCCCAUGUUCCUGGACCAGGUGGCCAACUUCAUCAUUGAGAACACCAAAGGCCACACCCUGGGCCCCUCCCAGCCUGGCACUUCUGAUCCCUUCACAGGUUCAGGCCGGUACAUCCCUGGUGCCUCGGACAGUACGGAAGGUUUUGGGGCUGAUCCGUUUACAGGCUCUGGUCGUUACAUUCCUGGAUCGGGGCCCAGUGCCACUGCCCCAGUCGGAGUAGUAGACCCUUUCACAGGAGGAAGCGCCUACUCAUCGGCUGCCCUGCAACAGCCUGCUACCAACAUCUACUUCCCCAAAACGGACGCCGUCACGUUCGAGCAGGCCAACGCCACGCAGAUAUUAGCCAAGCUGAAGGAGCUGAACGGCGGGGCCCCCGAGGACAAGAAGCUUUCGGAAGAUGUGAUGGCAAAGCUGGAGAGGCUCUUGCUGAGUGUCUGUGACCUGCGGUCCAAGGACCAGAUCACCGAGGAGCAGAUCGCCAUCCUCUGGAAGACCACCCACUGGCCUGAAGAUAUAGUCUUCCCUGUGCUGGACAUCCUCCGUCUAGCGGUGCGCCACCCAGUGGUCAACGCGAGCCUCUGCAACGAGACAGAGGGCAUCCAAUUCUGCAAUCACUUGCUGAGCCUGAUGGCGCCACAGGGCCGUCCAGCCAAUCAGAUGCUGGCCCUGAGGACUCUAUGCAACUGCUUCUCCGGCCCACUGGGGCGGAGUCUGCUGAUGUCACAGAGGGAGACUGUGAUGUCACAGGCCACAGAGCUGAAAAGCGUCUGCAACAAGAACAUCCACAUCGCCCUGGCCACACUAGUGCUGAACUACGCUGGCAGCCUGCACGGUGUCCCAGACCUGGAGGGUAAGGCCCAGUGCCUGUCCAUGGCCAGCACCAUCCUGGAGGUGGUGCAGGACAAGGAGGCCAUCUUCCGCCUGCUGGUGGCCCUGGGGACUACCAUCGCCAGCGAAUCCACAGCUAAGGACCUGGCCCAGUCCCUAGGGGUCAAGUCCCAAAUCGCCAAGUACUCGUCGGUGCCAGAUCCGGCCAAGGUGGGCGAGUGCUGUAGGCUGGUUCUGAAUGAACUGCAGUGAUUUCCUACCCAUUCCCCUACCUCUC